GCCCUACCCCGCACUGCUCCCACGGCGCGACCACCACCAUUAACAGUCCAGAAGUUACACAGCUCCAGCUGCUUUGGUGGCGGCGCUCUGACGUGCCCCCACCGGCAAUAGACGUGUGCUGCUGCUGCUGCUGCUUCUUCUCGCAGAAGAGCUUCUAAUCGUCACCUAUAGCGAUGACCGACACCAUGUUUGGCAGCAGCAACGACCAAUGGAUCUGCCCCAAUGACAGACAGCUGGCACUGCGGGCAAAGCUGCAUACGGGCUGGUCAGUACACACGUACCAGACAGAGCGGCAGAGGAAGAGCCAGGCCCUCCAGCAGCAGGAGCUGGACAUCAUCCUGAGCGUCAUGCGCAGAGCCGAGCAGCUAGACCAGCUGGAACAGCAUAGGAUUGGGCGUCUGGUGGAGCGUCUGGAGAACAUGCGGGGGAGUGCGGUGGGCAAUGGCCUCUCCCAGUGCCUGCUGUGCGGGGAGACGCUGGGAAUUCUGGGGGCGCCGUCUGUACUCUGUCAGCACUGCUGCAAGAAAGUGUGCACCAAGUGUGGAAUUGAGACGGUGACCAACCAGAGAAGACUUCAGUGGCUCUGCAAAAUUUGUAGUGAACAGAGAGAGGUGUGGAAACGCUCUGGAGCCUGGUUCUACAAAGCUCUACCCAAACAUGUACGGCCGGUGAAGGAGACACCCUUUGAGUGCCGGAUGGCAGCUGAGGGGAGGUGUGAGCCCAGGAUAGUCAGCAGUGUGCCCAACCGUACCUACACAUGGACACACGGCAAACUGGUGUCCAGUGAGAGUGAGGACAGUGAUUCGGAGCUGAGCGUCUGCAGUGGGGAGCUGAAGGCGGGCGUUCCUACUGACUGCAAGCCCCGCAGAGGAUCAGAGUCCAGUGGGAGCUCGAGCCUGUUGCGGGCCCCAGCUCCCAUGAGCCUCAGCAGCGCGGCCAUCCUGUCGGAGAGCCGCUGCAGCCUGGCCAGCGAGCGCAGCAGCCUCCCUCCAGCCACCGAGGAUGACGAGGACACCGACCACAGCCACUUCACCCGCACACCCCCUCUCCUCAGCCGCACCGGCUCCCAACGCUCCUCCGCGGCCAGCCAGCAGUCCGGGGACGCGGGGCCCGGCUCGGGUGCCGGCGGAGACCAGUCGCGCGCCGAUGACGACCCGGACCGAGCCUUCGCCGCUGGCGCCGCCGCCUCCUCGGCCAGCAAGAGGGACGAGGACCCCGACGCGGAGGGAUACGACUCGGACGACUCCACUACUUUGGGUACCCUGGACUUCAGCCUUCUGUAUGACCAGGAGAACAACGCUCUCCAUUGCACCAUCAACAAAGCCAAGGGACUCAAACCAAUGGAUCACAAUGGCCUCUCUGAUCCUUAUGUGAAACUGCACCUGCUGCCGGGGGCUAGCAAGGCUAACAAGCUCCGGACCAAGACGCUUCGCAACACCCUCAACCCCGUCUGGGCAGAAACCCUCACCUACUACGGCAUUACCGAUGAAGACAUGGUCCGCAAAACACUCAGGAUCUCGGUCUGUGACGAGGACAAGUUUCGCCACAACGAGUUCAUCGGAGAGACCCGGAUACCCCUGAAGAAGCUGAAGCCCAACCAGACCAAGAACUUCUACAACUGCUUAGAGAAGCAGCUGCCUAUUGAUAAAACGGAAGAUAAGUCGCUGGAGGAGAGGGGGCGGAUCAUGAUCUCGUUGAAGUACAGCUCUCAGAAGUCGGGCCUGAUAGUGGGGAUCGUACGCUGCGCCCAUCUUGCUGCAAUGGAUGCCAACGGCUUCUCUGACCCCUACGUUAAGACGUACUUGAAACCAGAUGAGAACAAAAAGUCAAAGCACAAGACUGCUGUGAAGAAGAAAACCCUUAAUCCUGAGUUCAAUGAGGAGUUCUUCUAUGACAUCAAAUAUGCUGACCUCACCAAAAAGACACUCGAAGUCACCGUCUGGGAUUAUGAUAUUGGAAAGUCCAAUGAUUUUAUAGGUGGCGUGUCGCUGGGCAUUAAUGCCAACGGGGAGCGGCUAAAGCACUGGUUCGACUGUCUCAAAAACAAGGACAAGAAGAUUGAGCGCUGGCACACCCUAACCAAUGAACUUCCUGGUUCCGCUAUGAACGACUGAAGACUCAUCAAAGUGUCAGCGUUCCUGGAGCAAAACAUCCCUCCCCCUGUCCCUCGUUGUGUCAACGGUGCACCAAGCCUUGGCUGACACACCGUCCUUGACUGACGUGGCUUCCUGAGCCAAACCCAUCUCUAAAUUUAAAAAAUCAAUUAUCUUGCUCGCUCCACGUUGUUUUGUUUGUGAUGUCAGGGGCUCUGCGUAAAUCCAAGUAAGCACCGUGCCGGCCCAUCUGAAGUGUAUAGGAUGCUCUCUUAAAGUGUUUACCUCCUAUUCCAAGGCAAGGCAUGAUGUCAGUGACACCCCCUCUCUCCCUCCUCUACUCAUUCCCAACUGACCAAAUAGUCGAAUGAUUUACCCACUGUUUUCCAGAACUCUGGUCAAGAUUCAUCCUCUGUUGUUUACACAAUGCACAGCAGACUGCAGUUCGACUCUUCUGCUUGCUGUCUGAUUGAAGUAUGCUGGGGGAGGAGGACUCAAGGAUGCUCUGUGAUUUUUGUACGCCUCUGUGAUUUUGCACUGGUCAUGUUCCUUUCGUCAGUCAAGUUGUCAAAAAAAAAAAAAGCAAAACAAAACAAAAACAAAAGUGAGUGAUCAAGAUUUGUCAGAUUUUGUUUGUUUUUAUAACUUUCAAUUGUGGAGUAUCUUGUUGCUUUAAUGUUUUUGGUUGUUUUUCAGGUAGAAUAUAAUCUAAAAAGACCUGUCAAUAUACAGAAUAUAUCAUCAAUGAAUGUAAAUUAUUACCCACUUUUUCUAUGGUAUCUGAGUGUGCACCCAAGUGCUGUACGUUACAGGGAACAGAGCACACAGACAUUCUCAGCGGAGAGCAGAGUCAGUGACGGGGUGGAAACUGAUAGUUAUAUUAAUGCAAUGACCAAUAUAAACUACAGAAUUAGGUCUAUGAUCCACUGCAGCUGGCGGUCAUUACAUGUUUGGCACAGGGCAAUGGCCAGUGUAUGUGACACUGGCCAUCCGUAUGCCAUGGUUUACAAAACGGCCUUGGCACAGUUUUAAAUGCAAAAGCAUAUAAAAUCCAAAUGUGCCAAGGUCCCCCAGUGGAGAAUUCCUACUGUAUUGGAAAUGAUUUGAACUCAAUAUAUAUAGUAGAGAAGUAGACAGCCAUGUCUGAUAUACAUAUUCAUCACAUAAGUAUUAUGUAUUUCCCUCUUUUACUUUUAUGUAUGUGUAGACAUUGUGUAUUUUUAAUAUUAGCUUAUAUCAUGUAUUAACAGUUCGUUUAUUUGUCAGCUUCGUAUUUAUAGUGUAUGUUAUAUUCCUGAGGAGUUUAGAUAGCUUAGCUAUUUUAGCAUCCAUUGUAGACACAAAAAGCUAUUCUACACAUUCACGUUCAUGGGUUAUUUUGUCUCGUUAUGUUUGUUUUCAUGGUUUCCAUUGCCGUCACGGUUACGUUAUUUUCACAUUCCCUGGUCCACUUCCUGUCUCUUACCUUCACUUAACUACCACACAGCAUGGAUACUAAAUAAAUGGAAUGAGUGAUUAGGUAUGAGCUGCAUGGGUCGCUAAGGCGAGAAUGGCAGACGCACCAUACUAUUGCCGGCCUUCGUUUUUAAACUGCUUUUGAGCACCGCAAAGCCCGAGUCUGAGCACCGGUCAGCCUGCAGGAUGUCUGUGAACCUGCUCCGUACUACAGACCUGUUUGUCUCGAUGCAUAUUCCAGUACAACAGCCACACACACACACCUUGUGACACUUUUUUGUAAUCUGUUUGCCUUUGUACUCAAUCUCAAACUCUACAAACUACAACAAUGCAUGCAAAAUGUUCAUGGUUUGUCACAACAAAAUGGCUUAAUGUUUGAUACUGCUGAUUUUUCUGUGAAAAAAAAAACCUGGAUGCUUAACAAAGAAUGUCAGUGUCUUUUCUUGGACAAAGUUUUUGUACCUUUAAAUGCUACUGCAUCGCCCGCCAGGCUGCCGUAUUAACUGGAGAUGUGACUGCAUGUGAAAGAGUCUGUCUCGGUUUUGUUUCUUUUUUUAACACUCAGGCAAUUGUUUGCAUAUAUUCUAGUGGUUCUCUGAAGAAGAAAAAAAGGUAAUAAUUCAAAAAGUUCUCUCAACUCAACUUACCCUUGCACCAGUUCUGGCUGACUUAUCGUGCCUUUUCUUAUGUCAGUGUGAUUUUUUUGCACCUCUCACUUAACAAUAAUUUCUUCUAGGUAUUAGCUUUUAAUAUGGAAAUUCUACAUUUUACAUAACCUAUUUCUAUUCUUGGCUGUCUCAAUAUUUAGCACUCAGUGAUUGCACUGUGUGUUGGCGGCAUUGAUGGCAAAGGUGCAAGGCUAAGGUGACGAGGACCCUGAUCCAGGUUUCUGCUAGAUAGAUAGAUGGAAAGCGGUUAUCCACCUGCAUGACGUUGCAACAUGAACUCACAGAAUUCUGCAAAAUGAACAAGGCCCAUUGGGGUACAAAAUCUAUGGUAGUGUCACAGCUUUUGCUAAAUCACUGAUGUGCUUUAUGUUUGGGAAAAUCCGUGAAACUGCCACAGAUUUUGUGUCCCAAGGGACCGUGUUCAUUUCCCAUGAGAAUUCUGUGAGAUCAGGUUGUGCAUGACACAUUUAGUCCUUCUGAAGACUGUUGCAGUACAGCUCAUAGAUGGGCUAGACAUUUUUACAAUGACCAUUGCAACAAACUACAAAGAUGAUUUGUUAACCUGGUUUAUUUAAUCCAGAUGUAGUUGUGAGCCUGAUAAAAAGUAUAAAAAAAAGAUACUCAUAUGUAAUGGGACUCUGGGCUCUCUCCCUGGGUUCAACAACACCUCUAGGAUCUCAACCAGGUUGAUCGUUUUUCCAUCUUUGUACUAUACUGCACAGUUGAAUGAUUCUGAAAGUUUUGAUUCCAGCAUGCAAUGUGUCAUCAUGACAGACGUACGCUCUGACUGAACAAUCAAACAGGAAUCAGCGAAAUUGAAUACUGAGAACACAAGACGUGCUCUAUUAGAAACCUGAAUCCUGUAUUUUCAUUACAAUGUCCCAUUCAGAGUAUUAUAUUUAUUUUUUGUGAAUGGUGUGCUGUCUAUGUUCGACAACAGAAAUCUGUCCAAUAAAGUAGAGAACCAAUAUAUGAACCAUCACUGUUGCUUUUGUGUUAUUGGAUGAAUGCUAUAAUUACACGUUCUACGAAAGAUGACAAAUAUUACAACCAUUUAAGGAAUCUAGGAUUAAUCCUUUAUUCCAAUAACCAGUUAACCCCUUAACGUAGAGCCUAUGUUAUAAACUUACUGUCACCGAAAGGCUCUCGGUACUGUCAUAGCUAUUAGCAAUGUUGUUAUGAUGUAGUUUUGUUGUAGAGUAUUUUCAGCAAAUAGUGAAUAGGCCCGCCGGCAACCCCAUCUGCAGUAAGAGGCUACCUCAUCUGCAAACUGUGCAUGUCGUGGUUAGUUUUACUAGAUUAAUUUAUUCAUUACAUUGUUCUUUUUUCACUAGUA